AUUUAGAAGGGAUGGUUUGUUGGUUGGUGGAGACGGCGGCCAUUACUGAGUGUUAGUGAGGGUGAGGCUGAUGCUCACUGCUACUCUGCCUCUUUACCAGCCACACAACACUAAUAUAUUCUCUUAACUAAGGAUGCCGGAACGCUAUCACAUGGAUUCAUACAAUAGUAGUUUUGGUGCAGGAUCUAGAAGAGAAAGAUCUGGAGGCAUGCAGAGAACAAGGGAGAUGAUUGAUUAUGGGCAUGGUAGCAGUUACAGUACACCAAGAUACAGAGGCGGAGGUUAUGGAGCAGGAGGUAGUGGCAGUGGCGGCGGCGGCAGCAGCGGUGGUGCUGGUAGUAGAGGCAAUACCAGUAGCAUCCUGGGCAAUUAUGGUGUAGGUGCCAAUACUUCAGGUUAUAACAGUACUUCCAGUUAUGGGGCUACACCCAACUAUAGUAACACUACAGGUUAUGGUGGAGCCUCUACUUAUGAUGGUGGUGCCAGCUAUGGUGGUAACACAUCUUAUGGUGAUUCUUCUAGUUACGGAGGAUCUUCAGCCUAUGGACAUGCUGGUUAUAACAGCGGGCAAGUGGUUAGCCCUUGGGAGAGUGGCAUGGCUCCUCCUGCUGCUGCUGGGGGAAAUCAAGGUGGAUUCUUACCUACUCCUAGGGGGUCUGGUGCAAGCUUGUUGGGAGUUGGUCCCCCCUCUACAGAUAUUGUUGGAGCUGUCAAUCAGCUUACUCAGAUGGGGAGCACAGAAUCAAAGCUUGCAUUGAAUAUCUUAAAUGCUGUCCUUAACAAGGGUGAUGAGAGACGGCCCAAUGUGGAUAUUGGACCUCCUGCCAAUAAGAUGAGGCGUAUGGAAUGGGAUGGGGGUCAGGGUAACCGCCAAGGGCGGACUCUUUCCUCUCCAGUGCGUCCGUCACCUGUACCUGUACGCAAGUUUCCACAACGAGACCACCAGUACAACCCUCGUCGGUCCUGGGACAACGAGUCUCCUCUCCGUGGUAGGGGUGGUCAUUCUUAUGGCUCAGCUGGACGUCACAUAAUGACUGAUAACCAGUUCAGAAAAACAUCAAAGAUCAAGAGGGGUAGACCUAGGCCUGAUACCAAGGAUAUUAAAGCUUCUGCAAAAGACCAGAAAGAGAAGAAUGAGGCUACACCAGCAGCAACAACCGAGGCAGCCAGUGGCCAGAAGGGAAACAAGCCUGAAGGUGAUGGGUCCUCAGCUUCAACUCUAUCUAAACAGAGUGGAGCUAAAGAUGACAAAGAUACAGAAACAAGUGAUGACAAAGAAAAUGCAGAGGAAAUGGAUACUGCUGAGAAUGAUGAAGAAAAGGAACUGAAAACCAAGAAGGUACAUUUCAUUAUGGUUUGCUUAAGAGUUUUAAUAUUUUGUUUUAUACCUAGCCAAAUGUUUUCAAAUAAUCUUACAUUUGCAUGUUCAGAUUCUCUUAUUAUAAGCAUGCCUUGUCUACCCUGUCAAUUCCUCUGAGUAUUUUGUAUAUGU